GCCCCCCAGCACCCAUCGAUCUGCCUUCUGUCUCUGUGGAUCUGCCUGUUCUGGACUUUUCACAUAAAUGGGAUUGCACGCUGUGUGGCUCGUGUGUCAGCUUCUCUCACUCAGCGAGAGGUUUCCGUGGUCCCUCCUUGCUAGAGCAUGUCUCAGGGCUCCGGUCCUGUCUGUGGCUGAGCUCUGGGCCCUUGUGUGGCUGGAGUGCAUUCUGUCCAGGCAUCAUCCGCUGAUGGACUCUUGGCCUGUUUCCUCUUUCGGCGGCUGUGAGCAGUGCUGCUGUGAACGCCCGUGUCCGAGUCCUCCGGGGAGAUGCCCCGGAGUGGAAGUGCUGGGUCAAGUGAUGAUUCUAGCAUGGAUGUGAACCCAGCAGGCGCCAGAAUCCACCCUGGAAGCUUUUGGAGCCACCCCGGGGCCUCUGCGCCUCCGACUGUUGAGCCAGCGGGCCUCAGUUUCCCAGCAGCAGGCUGGGCGCGCCCCGAGCUCACUCGCUCCACCGGGCAGGCCCCUUCUAGCGCCCAGAGCUCCGGAUUCGUGUGCAAGUUUACAGUUUCCGGGGCGACGACUCAGGAAGGGGCCCUGGCGGGCGUGAGGAUGGGCGGGCCCCAUCCGGUAGAGCCGGCCUGAUUCCGGCCCUGCCGGCGGCCCGUGAACUCAGGGAACCCGCAGGCCCCACGGGGACUCGAGGGUCUUGAACAUCAGCCGGGGCGCUGGCCCUCGCAGGGGGGAGGCGGCUUCAACACGCUCCAAAGUCGGAGCGUUUAUGGCGGCAGGUGCCGUUGUGGAGACCAGGGAGACCCCAGACCAGCACAGUCACCCCGCGGGGGCCUGAGGAGCCGCCCGGGGUCCCCAGUCCGCCCCAGCCCGGCGACCAGGAUGAGGCUGCGGACCGAGGUGGCCCUGGCCGCGGGCCUGGGCGCCUUCGGCCUCCUGGUGCUCUGGAGUCUGCGCGCGCCGUCGCCACCCUGCCGGAGCCUGCAGCCCACCCCGGGCCCGCCCGCGCCCCCCGCGCCCCCCGCGCCCCCCGCGCCCCGCGCCCCCCGCGCCCCCCGCGCCCCCUGCCGCGCCAACGCCUCGGCGGCCGCGCAGCCCGACUUCGCGGGGCAGCCGCAGCAGGUGCGCGACUUCCUGCUGUACCGCCACUGCCGCGACUUCGCGCUGCUGCAGGACGCGCCGGCCAAGUGCGCGGAGCCCGUGUUCCUGCUGCUCGCCAUCAAGUCGUCGCCCGCCAACUACGAGCGCCGCGAGCUGCUGCGCCGCACGUGGGCCCGCGAGCGCCGGGUGCGGGGCGCGCUGCUGCGCCGCCUCUUCCUGCUCGGCACCGCCGCCGACCCGCGGGAGGCACGCAAGGUCGACCGCCUGCUGGCCCUGGAGGCGCGCGCGCACGGCGACAUCCUGCAGUGGGACUUCCACGACUCCUUCUUCAACCUCACGCUCAAGCAGGUUCUCUUCCUCCAGUGGCAGCAGACACGGUGCGCCAACGCCAGCUUCAUGCUCAACGGGGACGAUGACGUCUUUGCGCACACGGACAACAUGGUGUCCUACCUGCAGGACCACAGCCCCGACCGCCACCUCUUCGUGGGGCAACUGAUCCGCAACGUGGGCCCCAUCCGGGUCCCCUGGAGCAAGUACUACGUGCCGAAGAUCGUGACGCCCGACGAUCACUACCCGCCCUACUGCGGCGGCGGCGGCUUCCUGCUGUCCCGCUUCACUGCGGCCGCCCUGCACCGUGCCUCCCAAGGCCUGGAGCUCUUCCCCAUCGACGACGUCUUCCUGGGCAUGUGCCUGAGGCGGGAGGGCCUGGAGCCCGCCUCGCACAGUGGCAUCCGCACCAGCGGCGUCGGGGCCCCCUCGGCAAGCAUGUCCUCCUUUGACCCCUGUUUCUACCGGGAGCUGCUGCUCGUGCACCGCUUCUUGCCCUACGAGAUGCUGCUUAUGUGGGAGGCGCUGAGCCAGCCCAACCUCACCUGCGGCAAGCGGACCCAGGUCUUCUGAGGCAGCAUCGGGGCCCCCAGCCUCUCGGCUCCUGCCUCCACCCGCCUAGGAAGAAGGAGCAUCUUCCUCCCAGGAGGCUGAGACCUUUGUCCUCCUGAGGGGGCCAGGCAUACGGGAGUUCCAGGGAGGGUUUGACGAGUGAAUAGUCUGGCUGGCGAACUCCUACACAUCCUUCAAAACCCACCUGGUACUGCUUAGACCAAGUGCCAUCAUCCUCCCUAGAUUCAGCUGGAGGGACCAUCUCUUUCCCUGCAGCCAAGGGCAGAAGCACUUCUGCUAGGGUUCCAGCUGCUAUUGCUACAUCUGUCCCAUUUGAAUCAAGGCCCCCUGCUCCCAGCUCCAACCUUGGUCUGACCCAUGGCCAGCCUCUCCACGGUAGUGAAGCUGCAGUGGUUGAAUGCAGGGUGAGUCCUGGCCAUGGUUCAAGGCCACUUGGGAACUCCUGGGUCCGCAUGCCGCUGGAGCGAGAAGCGUUUUUCAGCCAGAGAAAGAGGGGUUCCAUCCUCGACCCCUCCCCUGGCUUUGGACCCUCAGAUGGUGGGAGGGCCAGAGAGGCCAUGAGCGGCCCUGUGCGCCCUGCUCGUGGUGUCACGGGAGUGGCGGGAGCGGGGCCGCUGGCUGCCUCAAGCUCUGGCAGCUCCAGGUCCCUGGCAGGGCCCGGCACCCACGCCUGUGCCCCCAAGAAUCCAGGCGACAGCCCGGGGCCAGAAGGAUCUGCACGCACCCCAGGCCAGCACACACACUCCCCCAGUGCCUGGAGAAGUGGGAGGUCAGGCCUUGGGUGGCCCUCAGCUCUCGGGACCCAGGACUGUCCCCCCCAUCGCGUCUUUCCGAUUGGGGAGAUCCAAGCGAACUGGUGGCCCCAGCCCUGCUGGUUUCAGGCAGCGUCUGGGGCUGGGCUUCACAGGCGUUCGGGCGGUGGUGGGGGGACCUCAGAUGGCGAGGUGAGGAGUGGGGGGUGGGUCCUCAGGGAAUAAAAUGUUUUGUGAAGA